GGUUUCACUUCUUUUGUUAAUUCUCCUGGGAAGCCAUUUCGUUUGGAGGAAAAAAAAAUUCUCAGUUUAAGCGGCAUCAUCUCAUCAUCAAGUAAGGCGGAGAAGCAGCCCACUAUCAGGAGGGAGACCCACACAAUUUGCACACCCCUGCAAGUGGUUCGCUGCCCGCCGCCCCCGCCCCCGAAACCCAUCAUCAUGAAGACGACAACUGUGUGCAUGCCAUGCUGUGCGCCGUGCCCACCAUGCGGUCCAUGCCCGCCGUGUGGCCCAUGUCCUCCGUGCAGCCCAUGCCCACCCAGUCCGCCGUGUCCUCCUUGUCCGCCGUGUGUUGCUUCCUGCGGCCCAUGUCCCCCAUGCCCGCCCUGCUGUCCAGCCCCUCCUGCUCCUUCAUGUGGGCCAUGUCCUCCAUGCCCACCAUGCCUCGCUUCUUGCUGCCCGUGUCCUCCAUGCCCUCCCUGCUGCCCCGCCCCUCCUGCACCUUCGUGUGGGCCAUGUCCCCCAUGCCCACCAUGCCUCGCUUCUUGCUGCCCGUGUCCUCCAUGCCCUCCAUGCUGUCCAGCCCCUCCUGCUCCUUCGUGUGGGCCAUGUCCUCCAUGCCCGCCAUGCCUCGCUUCUUGCUGCCCGUGUCCUCCAUGCCCUCCCUGCUGCCCCGCCCCUCCUGCUCCUUCGUGUGGGCCAUGCCCUCCAUGCCCGCCAUGCUCCCCUUGCUGCCCACCAGCAUGCUUCCCGUGUCCCCCAUGCCCGCCUGGCCCUCCUUGCAUGCCCUGCAGCCACCCGCAGAUCUGCGGGCCCAAGAAGGUGGAGACACUGCCUUACAACAACAGUCGUGCGAACAACCACCAGGGUAACAACUGCAACGGCCAGGAGAAUGGAUACGAGAUUGUCGGACAAGACCUCGCUGGGAACAUCGUAUGCAAACGAGUCUAAGUGACAGCCAUUCUUCGACCACGCGGCAGAAUCCCGCACGAACCAGAGUGGGAGACCGGGAUGUGGUACGUUACGGAAGAGCAGGAAGAUGUUGCCGAUGGCGAGCAGCCCCGAGCUCCCGGUGGCCCCACAGAAGCGGCACACCCCGGGCGACACCCCGGCCGGCUUGCUGCGCGCCCCCUCGCGGAACUCCACCAUGGCCUUGAGCGUGCGCGAGUCGGCCAGCGCCAUCACCCAGAACAGCUUGGCGGGUGCGACGGUGCAGGUGAAGGAAGCGGUCGCAGUCCGCGCAGAGGUUGCCGCACGAGCUGCACUGGAUGAUGGCCGCCGUCUCGCCGUCGUCGUGGUUGCUGCACGUCGGCUGCGACACACACACACACACCCUCGAGGGCGUUACGCCCCAGUGCUGCGCGCUCGCGUCUCAGUCAAACAAUAACACGACAUACGUGGGUUCCUAUCCAAACAAAUAAAACUACUAACUAUUAGUAGAGACCUGCAAAAAUUCGCGGAUUCAUUGACCUCUAGGAUAGACUCCACAGACCUUUAAAUACUCGCGGAAACGACACCUGUUCGUUGGCUACUGACGCGCGAGACGUCUCGACUAGGCUGUCCGAAAUUCGGCACUUUCUUGGUUUAGUUUUUCCCAUUGGCUCACAGUUCCCCGGAUAAAAUGUGGGCCAAUCGCAGAAGCGGUACAAAGGUAUAGCUGUUUUGAUGCUAGCCUAUUGCGAAAUGAAUCCGCGAAUUUUGCAUGUCUCUAACUAUUGGUCUUAUGAUUUUAUGUUCUAAAAAUGUGUGGACUACAGAUGAUUUAUUAUUAUAAUAACUUAUCCUUUAUAAAAAAUCAAUAAGUAAAUAGCG